CACCAGGCCACCACCACACCUCACUCAUCCACACACACAGCAAGUGAGCAGCGGCCUGGCCAGCGAGCUUGCUGCGGCAGCUAGCAGCAAUGGCGACACAUCGCCUCUCCUCCUGCUGGCUUCUCCUCGCCAUGCUGCUUGGGGCAGUGGCCGCCGCCACCGCCUUCGACCAAGCGGCCGCCGGCGUUGGCCUUGGUCACGGCGCGCGUUUCAUGCGCAAGCAUGGACAUGCUGCCCUCGAGAACCCGCAACCAGAGCCUCAAUCCAAGCCCCAGCCUAUGCUAGAACUGGAAUCUAAACCACAGCCAUUACCACAUCCAGAGCCUCAACCCAAACCAGAGAUUGAACCAAAGCCAAUGCCACAUCCAGAACCUAAACCAGAGCCUGAACCAAAGCCAACGCCAUAUCCAGAGCCUAAACCUGAGCCCAAACCAGAACCGAAACCUCACCCUGAACCAAAACCUAAGCCCCACCCUGAGCCUCUACCCAAACCAGAGCCAAAGCCUGAGCCUAUGCCGCAUCCAGAGCCCAAACCUGAGCCAAAGCCAAAGCCUCAGCCUGAACCCAAACCAGAGCCAAAGCCCGAACCGGAACCUAAGCCAGAGCCAAAACCUGAACCCAAACCAGAGCCAAAGCCCGAACCAGAACCUAAGCCAGAGCCAAAGCCUCAGCCUAAACCAAUGCCUCAGCCUGAACCCAAACCAGAGCCAAAGCCCAAACCAGAACCUAAGCCGGAGCCUAAACCUAAACCUGAACCAAAGCCCAAACCAGAACCUAAGCCAGAGCCUAAACCUGAACCAAAGCCACAACCAGAGCCAAAACCAGAGCCUAAACCUGAACCAAAACCAGAACCUAAACCCGAACCAAAACCGGAGCCUAAACCGCAACCGAAGCCUGAACCGCAACCGAAGCCAGAGCCACCGCCCAAGAGCAAACCGCCGCACAUCCCACCGGCAGCUGACAACUGAAGAUGUGGCCGCUAUUUUGUAUGACGCGGCGGAGUAUCCCAGUAUGGUAGUAUCUGAAUAAACCGGCUGGUGCUGGAGUUGCAGGAUGCAGGUGCUACCUGCUGCUUGUUGUACUUAUUACCCCCCCCCCCCCCCACCCCCCACAAUGCAUGUGACUCAUGUUCUCUCGCCUUGUAUUCAUUCCCCCUCUAUCCCUCUAUGUUUGUGACUUCUUCUCCACGGUUAAUUACGAUUUUUCUGUCA